AUGUCCACCAUCUGGGCCAAGCACCCUUUCAAGGCGCUUUACGCUGCCUAUAUAGUCACCGAGACAAUCGCAAUCUUGCCAUGGCUCUUCUUGCGAUACAUGCCCCGAGCGGCUCGGCCGUCUCCAUCAUGGAGCAUAAAGAUUUGCGUCAUCACCGCACUGCUGCGACAGUUGCUGCGGUAUCAUGGCAAAACGCAGUCAACUAGCAUGUCAACCGUGUUAUCUGACCACAAAAAGCACCGCGAUCGGUUCGCCCUGGCGCAACCAGCAGAUGUAGACCUUUACUCGGGAGUGCUGACGCCUGGAGCGACGCAACCGGCGGCGGUGGGAGGUCUAUGGCAUCCCGCCCCAUUGUUCCCAGGGUCGCCGAAUAUCGAAGAUGAAAAAGUUGUGCUUCACUUGCCUGGAGGAGCUUUUGUCAUGGCAUUCGGAACAGACGAGAAUACACAGAAUAUCUCACGUGCAAUGACCAAGCACCUGAAAGCGACGCGAACCUUUGUGGCACAAUACCGAGUCUCUGUUGACGCCGGCACACGCUUCCCAGCAGCCCUGCAGGACGGUGUCACAUUUUACCACUACAUUCUAUCUCUAGGCGUCCGACCGGAGAAUGUGAUUCUGUCUGGCGAUUCGGCUGCCGGAAACUUGGUCAUUGGUAUGCUCCGAUAUCUAGAGUCGUCAUCCAAACUGCCUCUGCCCGGUGGCGCCAUGGUUUGGUCGCCAUGGGUACAAGUAACGCCGCAAGCGGCAGCCGACCUGGCGGGAUAUCCAAACGAGCGCUUCGACAUGCUGCCCGGAAGUCUGCUGCAAUGGGGUGCCGACGCGUACUUUCCCGGCACCCAGCCCAGCGCCGAACAGCUCGCAUACAUUUCCCCUCUGCAUCGGCCGUUCAAGACCAGCGUGCCGCUCUUUAUCCACGCUUGUGCCGCCGAGGCUCUUUUCCAUGUCGAUCAGGAGUUUGCACGGGAAAUGGCAAAGAUUGAAUCCAAUCGAGUCAAGUUUCACGUCACGGAAAUGGGGUCACAUGAUCUCAUUAUUGGUUAUACGGGAUUCGGAAUGGAGAAUGAAAUAGGGAGCGCUAUUGAGGACGCCGACAAGUUGUUCAGACAGAAGUGA